AUGACUGGAGUCUUUGACAGUCUGGUGGCUGAUAUGCACUCGACCCAGAUCACCGCCUCCAGCACGUACCACCAGCACCAGCAGCCCCCGAGCGGUGCCGGCGCGGGCCCUGGCGGCAACAGCAGCAGCAGCAGCAGCAACGGCAGCCUGCACAAGCCCCAGGAGUCGCCAACCCUCCCGGUGUCCACAGCUACGGACAGCAGCUACUACACCAACCAGCAGCACCCGGCGGGCGGCGGCGGCGGCGGCGGGGGCUCGCCCUACGCGCACAUGGGCUCCUACCAGUACCACGCCAGCGGCCUCAACAACGUCUCCUACUCCGCCAAAAGCAGCUACGACCUGGGCUACACCGCCGCGUACACUUCCUACGCGCCCUACGGAACCAGUUCGUCCCCGGUCAACAACGAACCUGACAAGGAAGACCUUGAGCCUGAAAUCCGAAUAGUGAACGGGAAGCCAAAGAAAGUCCGGAAACCACGCACCAUCUACUCCAGUUUCCAGCUGGCGGCCCUUCAGCGACGCUUCCAGAAGACCCAGUAUCUGGCCCUGCCCGAGCGAGCAGAGCUGGCGGCGUCCCUGGGCCUCACCCAAACUCAGGUCAAAAUCUGGUUCCAGAACCGCCGAUCCAAGUUCAAGAAGAUGUGGAAAAGCGGCGAGAUCCCUACAGAGCAGCACCCUGGAGCCAGCGCCUCCCCACCAUGUGCCUCCCCGCCGGUCUCGGCGCCAGCAUCCUGGGACUUCGGCGCGCCGCAGCGGAUGGCGGGCGGCGGCCCGGGCAGCGGAGGAGGCAGCGGCCCGGGCAGCUCUGGCUCCAGCCCGAGCAGCGCCGCCUCGGCUUUUCUGGGAAAUUAUCCCUGGUAUCACCAGGCUUCGGGCUCCGCUUCACACCUGCAGGCCACCGCGCCGCUCCUGCAUCCUUCGCAGACUCCGCAGGCGCAUCACCACCACCACCAUCACCACCACGCAGGCGGGGGCGCCCCGGUGAGCGCGGGGACGAUUUUCUAA